CCGUAAUCAGCUGUUACAGAAACCAAGAGCGAGAGCGAAAGUGUAUGUGUGUGUGUGUCACAGAGAGAGUUCAGUCUAUAGAAAUGACUUGAUAUGGAACACCAGAUGGACCUGAUUGUCGAUUACGCAGAAGGACUCUAAUUUUUGGAUAUAAAAAACUAUGGAUUGGACGUACUGAUGUAAAAAAAAACAACGGGGCAUAAACUACGUUUAUCAGAAAGUACAUUUGUACAACAGGUGAAGAAGAAGAUGAAGGUCAUUUUACCUGUAAAUCUGUCGUUGGGAGUCAUACAGUUAUGCGUAAAGUCUCUAUUACCAGGUGACAGGGAGUAGAAUAUGGAUGCUGAGGGUAUUCAACACGUCGACAGAGACGUGGAGGCCACUUCAUUGCCUUUUUCAGUGACCACCGACUGGCUGGAGGACGGAAACGAGACGACUGGGAAUCAGUUCCAGCAGCCCGACUGGCAGGUGGCUUUGUGGGCUAUAGCGUACUCCCUCAUCAUCCUGGUGUCCAUCACUGGCAAUGUGACAGUGAUCUGGAUUAUUCUUGCUCACAGACGCAUGAGGACUGUGACCAAUUACUUCAUCGUUAACCUGGCCUUCUCUGACGUUUCCAUGGCAACCUUCAACACUCUCUUUAACUUUGUGUACGCACUUCACAACGACUGGUACUUUGGCCUCGGCUACUGCCGGUUUCAGAACUUCUUUCCCAUCACGGCCAUGUUCUCCUCUAUAUACUCGAUGGCUGCCAUCGCAGUGGACAGGUACAUGGCUAUCAUCCAUCCUCUGAAGCCCCGCCUCUCCUCCACCACCACAAAGGUUGUGAUCGCCGUCAUUUGGAUCGUAGCAAUCCUACUGGCUUUCCCUCAGUGCUACUACAGCGUGACAAUAUUUUACUACCCCAGAACUGUGUGCAUGGUCGACUGGCCGGAUGAUUAUGGAGGAACACAUCAACUGAGUUAUCAGUUUGCAGUGAUUCUGCUGAUCUACCUGCUCCCUCUGCUGGUGAUGCUCGUGACCUACAGUUUAGUGGGACAGUCAUUAUGGGGUGGGCACAUCCCCGGAGAGGCGAAGGACCAUUACCACAGCCAGAUCACUGCCAAGAGAAAGGUGGUGAAGAUGAUGGUUGUCGUGGUCGUGACAUUUGCCCUCUGCUGGUUGCCCUACCACAUCUACUUCAUACUGGGAUCCUUUAACAGAGACAUUUAUAAACAGCAUUACAUUCAACAGGUGUACCUGGCUAUAUUCUGGUUGGCGAUGAGUUCAACAAUGUACAAUCCUAUCAUAUACUGCUGUUUGAACCAAAGGUUUCGUGCUGGUUUCCGUCAUGCGUUUGCUUGGUGUCCUUUCAUCAAACUGUCGGAGGAGGACAGGAUGGAGCUGCAGCACACACACACCUUCAGAGCUACCAUGAGCCGCAGCCACCGCAAAGACAGUACAAACACACACGCCUCCAUCAAAACAAACAACGCCUUUGACAAAAACGCAGCUAUCACCAGAGAGAUAAACGCAGAAAGAGAGGCGUGCAUGCAGCUUAAAAAACAAACUCCAUUAAACACAUACAGCUCACACAGCACAUGUGCAGAUAGAAAAUCUCCAGCUGAAAAACUUCUACAGCACAACAAUUGAAACAAAACACGAUGAGGACAUGCACGAUAGAACAUAAUUGAGUUUAUCUAUCGUGACUGGGUGAUAAUAAUUAGAUUUCAGCCAAAAAAAUACAGAGUAGAGCGAACAGGGUGACUUCAUGUGGGAGAUGUUUAGAGGUGGCUUUAGACCAAUAAUCUUCUAUUCGUUAAAGAGGAAUAUAAAUGAAUGUGACUGAUGGAUGUUUUGCUGUUAAUACCAAAGUGGUCAUAGAAAUAUAGUCAUAUGUGAAGAAAUUCCAACAAGAGAGUUUAAUUCUCGCAUUGUUAGUGUUUGCUGUUUGUAAGAACGUCUGUAGAUAGAUCCAUCCAUGAUUCAUUUCUCUUACUGAAGCCUUUUCCUCCCUCCAUAAGUGACAUCUUUGCUUCCAUCACUAACUUUUUUUCUGCUUCUCCUUUGAGAAGCGGUAAAUUGUGGGUAUUUACAGAAUGUGAAACUGUAGUUUUUGUGAUGUUUCUUUUCAACAACAGCGUAUAAUGGAUGAAAAGUCCACUGGCAUCAGCAGCAAGCCUUAAUAAUGUGUGUUUGUGUUUUUAUUCUUUCUAUUGCCACCAACAUGGGACCCUGUUUUUGUCAAAGGGACAUUAUAUAUUUAUUUUCAAGUUUUUCAGCUUUCCGGCAUUCAAAGUAAGCACCAAAGUGCAGGUUAGCUCUUGUAGUUAGUGUGGGAUUGUCUAUAUCAACGACCUCAUAAUAAAAGCCUUCAUUAAAGGUGAUAUCUUUGCAGUUUAGAAGACAAGUCUGACGAUCUCUGAUGUAUAAAUGCAGCAUUUAAAGAGGUUAUGGUACUGUCGCUUCUGUUAGGACUGAAAUAUUCUAACAAAAGUUAAAUUGCAACUUGCUCAAUAUAUUAAAUUGAAAUAUUCAUAAAAAGAACUGAUUUACUGAACACUAACGUAACGUCCUGUGCCGAAGUGUAACAACCACCUAUCAAUACAGUUUUACGGAAUAAGUACAACUUUUAAACUGAUUAUGAAACAUUUUAGAAGAAAAAUGAGCCUCGAUUGACCUUAUUUUAUAGACUUUGAUGGAUGUUUUUUAAAUGGUGAGCAUUUAUCUUUUACUGUAACCGUGUUUAAACAUGUCUUUCACAUAGUGUGCAUUCAUACAGCGUGUUGCUCGUGGAUUGUGACUGCACGUUCCUACAUUUGUAAUAUUUUUAUGUUCAUGGUGAAGUAGAGUACACAUAAAAAAAUCAAAGUGCUGCUAAUUAGAAGAACGUGAUGUAAAUGUGAUCUAUUGAGUGUAUUAUGUAACAUGUUGAUGAAGUGGAAAUGUAAAUACGGUGAUAUGGUUGUGCACUUUUAGUAUGAUGAUGUUGUAAAUAAUGUAGCCUGUGAGCCUGUAAAUUUCAGAAUGUAGAGAAAACCUUUUCAAUUAUUGUGACAACUUUAAAAGUACACACAGUGACAAAGUGAAAGAUGUUUUUGUUGUCUAUAGAAAUCAGCAGGGUAAAAGUUUGU